AUGGUGUUCAUUUUUCGAACUUUAUUCGCUGCAAGAGAGUUAAAGAAACCAAGAGGCUAUCUUCGAAGUAAAUUCUUAGAUUCCGUCAGACUUCAUGUUAAAGGUGGCACAGGUGGAACUGGUCUUCCGAAGUUUGGAGGCCUAGGAGGGCAGGGAGGUUGUGUUUACUGCAUCGGAAAAGAAGAUGCAAACCUCAAAACCGUCAUGACCAAACAUCGUGGCAAGACAGUUAGUGCAGGACAUGGAGAGGAUAGUCGUAAAACAAAAAUAGUUGGUAAUCCAGGCUCCGACGUAAAACUUGAAGUUCCUCUUGGCGUAACUGUAUAUAGAGAAGAUGGAAAAGUUUUAGGAUCAAUUGAUAAAGAGGGUGAGACAGUAAUAUUAGCGAGAGGAGGGCCAGGAGGAACACCUGAAUCAAAUUUCCUGGGGCAUCAUGGACAACUGCAUCACAUACGUUUAGACUUAAAAUUAAUUGCUGAUAUUGGACUCGUAGGAUUCCCCAAUGCUGGCAAGAGCUCAUUAUUAAAAGCCAUAUCAAAAGCUCAGCCUAAAAUUGCAAACUAUCCUUUCACAACAAUAAAACCUAACAAAGGAAUCAUUUUUUAUAAAGACCUCAGGCAGAUUUCUAUAGCAGACUUACCUGGACUCAUAGAAGGUGCCCAUAUUAAUGUUGGAUUGGGACAUAGUUUUUUGAAACAUGUGGAAAGAACAAAGAUUCUGCUGUUUAUAGCUGAUGCACAAGGGUUCCAGCUCAGCCCUAAAUAUCCCAAAAGGUCAUGUCUAGAGACUGUGUUGUUGCUGAAUAAGGAGUUGGAACUUUAUAAUAGUGAAUUACUACAAAAACCUGCCAUACUGGCUGUUAACAAGAUGGACUUACCUGGAACUGAUGAGGUACUGACUGGUAUAAAAGAUGCCUACAAGGAUAUAAACUCAGUCCUUGAUACACUGCCAGAAGAUGUGAGGCCAAAAAAUGUAAUACCUUUUGAAGACAUUAUUGGUAUAUCUGCACUGAGAAGAGGACCAGGAAUACAGGAGUUGAAGGAGCUGUUAAGAAGGAGAUUAGAUGAGCUGGCUGAGGAGACUGAUCCAAACAUAGUACAUCCUAACAAAGUACUCAGACAGUCAAGAGCUAUUGUUAAAGAAAGAGGAGCUAAAGUCACCUAG